CCACACAGUAAAUAUUGUAUCCUUGAAGUAGCCAACGUAACCUAGCUGUUUGUUGUUUCCAAACGUCUGUCGGCUCCCGAUGCGCAGCCUCUUCCAUCAUUCGCGCUCAACAUCCAUUCACGGCUUUCGAUUUUCUCGUGCACCUCGACACAACCCGAUACAUUCGCGAAAGGCUCUUCACUUGGAACAAGCAAUUUACGACGGGCGCAGCGCAGAGCUUGCAUAACCUCCGCCAUCGACCUUGCCGAAGUAAUCGCCGCAUCACAGUGUAACCGCACUGCCCAGUCGCAAUUGACGCGCACCACGUCUGAUUGUUCAACUGCCCCCGGUUCAAUCAACAUCUACCACUCUACAAGUCGACCGACACUUACACGUCCCGGAGUUGCUUGUAUCAAACGAAAUAAACCAAGCCACGAAACGCUAGCAACCGCUGCAAGUAUCCAGAUAUGUCGGAGCCCGCUCAAUCGCCGCCCAAGGAAGUCGAACAGGGCCAGUCGCCUGGCGAUGAAGACCACGACCAGGAGGGCCAGAUCAGCCUCGAUUUCGAAGGCGUGAAGGAACAAGAUCGAUGGUUACCCAUCGCUAACGUGGCCCGAAUCAUGAAGAAUGCUUUGCCGGACAAUGCCAAGAUUGCCAAGGAGGCCAAAGAGUGCAUGCAGGAAUGCGUCAGCGAGUUCAUCUCGUUCAUCACUAGUGAAGCUUCCGAAAAGUGUCAACAAGAGAAGCGAAAGACUGUUAACGGCGAAGACAUUCUCUUUGCUAUGACGUCUCUGGGCUUUGAAAACUACGCCGAAGCCUUGAAGGUGUACCUCUCCAAGUACCGUGAUCAACAAAACCAGACAAAUCGUGACCGUGCACUAGAAGGAAACGCCUGGGGUAAUAACAUCAUUCCUGGUGAAAAGGUCGACGGAGCCCAGGGUUCCUCCGAAUUCGCUGAAGGCUCAGCCGCUGCUGAGGGCAGCAGCACCGACCCCAACUACAUAUAUAACUCGCAUGGAAAUGGCUCGAGCAAUGCCGAAAACUACUAGAUGCCAAAGGGGGAUGGGUGACCUGCGCUUCCUCCACCGCGCUGAGCGCAGUUGAUGAUGGAUUGCUAUUGAGGAGUAAUCUGCAGCGCAUGGGAUAGAGCGCCACUUGAAAGGGAUUUUGAGCAGAGAGACAACAUUCUUGCUUUGGAGACAAUGAGACGGAUGCCCUUGAUGGGCUGAACACGACAAACCUGCUGGCGACGGCGUCGAUGGAGGUAUACGUCGAUGAUGUGCUACGGUAACUGGGCUUUGAUAUUUAAAUCAAGAGAAAUAGACAAAAAAAGAACAUGAACAAUGCUAAUCUGUCAUGUAUGCGAACAGAGUGAAUAGAAAAGACAUGUACUGGUUUAAGAUUAUGGUAUAGAACAUGACGUAGGAUGGUUCAAGAUGGCGAGUCGAUGGUGGCGGGCUUGUGGUGAUCUCCACGUGACUGCUGGAC